AUGUCUGCAUCUCAGAAGACCUUCAUUGCAACAGGCACCUCCUCGGGCUUAGGGUUCGAGGUGGUGAAGCAGCUUCUCGAGGGUGAACAGGCGUAUAACUUUAUCCUUGGUGCUCGAAACACCGAAAAGGCUGAGGCUGCCUUUGAGGACUUGAAAUACGAUACCACAAAGCACACUGUCACUGUACUUCCAUUGGACCUGCAGAGCCUGCGAAGCGUGCAGGUGUUCACUCAACAGGCGCUCGCAACCCUGGGUCGCAACAAGCUGGAUUACCUGUUCCUGGCUGCCGGAACCAUCGAUAAUGGCGAAGGCCCCGGGCCCCACGGAUCUCAGUGGUGCACCGGAUAUGUGGUAAACCAUCUUUCUCAACAUUAUCUGCUUCAUUUGCUUCGCGAAACACUGGUUGGCUCACAAUCGCGCAUCGUCUUCGUCUCUUCUGGUUCAGUCCGCAACGUGCGGAACAGUGACCCUAAAACACUGGAUGCCGACUUGAAGGCGAACUCCCCUGCUGGUGCCUAUUCGAUCUACAGCGCUUCGAAAUUCGCCGGGCUAUUGGGGGCGCACCACUGGCGCCGCAACCUUCCCCAGUGCACCAUCGUAGCCGUCUCUCCGGGCCUGGUUCCUGGCACCGGCCUUGCCUCGAAUAUGGGUCUGACUAUGGACAUGCCUGAUGCGAAGACCGUCCCUGAAGGUGCCCAAAAUCUCCUCCGUGCAUUCACCAUUCAAGAUUUCCCUGUCGACCCUGAGCAGAUCUUCCUGACUAGCUGGGGUGAAUGGUGGCCCAAGGACGUCAUUGGUCUGAGUCUAGACAAGCAACUGCAGGAUAAGUGGUGCCCGAGCCUCGAGGAGAUUGAGAAGAGCGAGGGGCUCUCAGCAUAG